CAAUCCCAGGAGAAAACCGCUUUUUACCUGUCGAAGUCUUUUUGGUUCCGUCAUCAUUCUGAAGGAAUAUUGUUCCAAUAUCGAGUGUUUAACAGUAAAAAUUCACCAACAAAAGCUUUAAAAAUCACGAGCAGCUCAUUGGCCAUUGUCUGCAAUGAGCGCACCUCCGAAUCACCCGUCCGGAAGUGGACCGAGCUCUUCCGGCGCUGCUCCGGUGUCGGUUCAAGAGUUCACCAUACGGGUUCCGAAGAACAUGAAAAAGAAGUACCACGUUAUGCGGUAUAACGCGACCCUAAAUGUGGAUUUUACGCAGUGGCGCACGGUAAAAAUGGAACGGGAAAACAACCUCAAAGAGUUCAAGGGCUUCGAUGAGGAUAUGCCCAAAUUUGGUGCGGGUUCCGAGUUCAACCGGGAUUUGAGGGAGGAAGCCCGUCGCAAGCGGUACGGUAUUAUCGCUAAAAAGUACAGACCGGAAGCUCAACCGUGGAUUUUGAAAACCGGUGGCAAGAAAGAUGGGAAAAAAUUCCGAGGCAUUCGGGAGGGAGGCGUUGGAGAAAAUGCCGCGUUUUAUGUGUUUACUCACGCUCCGGAUGGUGCUAUCGAAGCGUACCCGCUGCAUGAGUGGUACAACUUCCAGCCCAUUCAACGGUACAAGGCCCUCUCGGCCGAGGAAGCAGAGGAAGCCUUUGGGCAGCGGAAGAAAGUUAUGAACUAUUUUGCCAUGAUGUUGCGGAAACGCUUGAAAGGCGACGAAGAUAACGCGGAGGAACAGGAAGAGACUAAGGGUAAAAAAGGCGGCAAGGGUGGCAAAGGUGCGGAUCUGAAAAUCAGUGACAUGGACGAAUGGAUCGACUCGGAUGAGAUGAGUUCGUCCGAUGACGAUGGAGAUGGUAAAACGAAGGAAAAAGACAGCGACGACGAGGCCGAGAAGAAAAAAGCCAAAAACAAGAAAACAUUGGCAGACAACAAGAAGAAAAAGCGAGACGUGGACGAGGAGGCCUUUGAGGAAUCGGACGAUGGUGACGAGGAAGGCCGAGAGUUGGAUUAUAUUUCCGAUUCGUCCGAAGAUGAGUCGGAACCGGAGGCUAAGGCCAACAAAGAACUCAAGUCGGUGGCGGAAGAAGACGCCUUGCGAAAGUUGUUAACAUCGGACGAAGAAUCUGAUGAGGAGGAAAAGAAAUCGGACGAGGAAGAGAAUAAGAAGGACGAAGAAAAGGCUGCCAAAUCAAAGGAAAAAGAAAAGGAAGCUAAAGAGAAAGAGUCGAAGGAAUCGAAGAAAAAGAAGAAAAGCAAGAAGAAGAAGAAGAACGAGAAUGACAAAAAAGAAUCCUCCAGUGGUUCCAGUUCGGAUAGCUCCGACUCCGAUGGAGAUAACAGUAACUCGAAACAGAAGAAAAAACACAAGAAGGACAAGGAAGGCUCCCAUGGUUCCAAUCUAUCAAGUGCCAACAAUUCCCGAUCCGCUUCCCCGAGCAUGUCCCAGUUGGAAAAUAAUAAACGUAAAAUGGCAGGUUCAAAUAUGCCUACAGCCGAUCUAACCGGAUCGGACAACAGCAAUAGUCCGAUGUCGACCCCGGCCAAGAAGGCCAAGAUGGAUUUGCCACCAACUUUUACUGGUCUCGUUAGCUCCAGCAGCAAAGAUGACUACGGUAUUACGGAGGAGGCGGUGCGGCGAUAUCUGAUGCGUAAGCCAAUGACCACGACCGAAUUGUUGACCAAGUUCAAGAACAAAAAGACGGGAGUCUCGAGCGACAAGCUGGUGGAGACAAUGACUGCCAUCCUCAAGAAGAUUAACCCGGUCAAGCAGACCAUCCAGGGCAAGAUGUACCUGAGUAUCAAGGUGCCCAAAUAAGGUUGACAUCCGUGUGGGGUUCGGUUCGCCCAGAGAACGGUGAUUUUCGUUUUCCUUUAUAAAAAUAUUUUAAGAACGUAAUUAUCCAUUAUCAAUUCUUGAUCUGUUGAUUAAAUCAUUUUUAGUCAAA